AGGCCCAAGAUCUGCAAAAGUCAGAUUAACUGUAAGAUCAUGGGCUUUCCAACCUAUAAAAGGCAAAAAGAAUCUUGAGUUGAAAGAAGCCACGUGUUUAAAAAUCAUCUCUCCCUCUGUUCAACGAUAUUAGCUGUUUCUACACCAAUCACACACACACUUGGACACAGAUCGAUAGAUCUAAACUCUGAACCCUAGUGAUACAGUUUUCCCAGAUUAUUUGAUUUCAGGAGUAAUUCGGAUCUGCAAUUAUGUCUUCGACAUUCAGUGGCGAUGAAACUGCUCCCUUCUUCGGAUUCCUUGGCGCCGCUGCUGCCCUCGUAUUCUCAUGUAUGGGUGCGGCCUAUGGGACAGCUAAGAGUGGUGUAGGUGUGGCAUCAAUGGGAGUGAUGAGGCCGGAGCUGGUAAUGAAAUCGAUUGUGCCAGUGGUUAUGGCUGGUGUUUUGGGUAUAUACGGUUUGAUUAUUGCUGUCAUUAUCAGCACUGGUAUUAACCCUAAAGCCAAGUCCUAUUACCUUUUUGAUGGUUAUGCCCAUCUUUCUUCUGGUCUUGCCUGUGGCCUAGCUGGGCUUGCUGCUGGAAUGGCUAUCGGCAUUGUUGGAGAUGCUGGUGUUAGGGCCAAUGCACAACAACCCAAGUUAUUUGUGGGAAUGAUCCUUAUUCUCAUUUUCGCUGAAGCUUUGGCGCUCUAUGGUCUUAUCGUUGGAAUUAUUUUGUCUUCGCGGGCUGGCCAGUCUAGAGCCGACUAGGAAGCACGCCAUUAAUUUAAUUGCACUUCAGAGUAUAUAGUACUCCUGGAAAUCAGAGUCUGGAGAAAUUUCAAUUGUGGCAGGUUUGAGUGAACCUUGUUGUACUACCAUUAAUUAUCACGGUUGAUGAUGCUGGAUCUUUUUUGUUUCUUGAUGCUAUUUGUAUACAAUUAUUCGUUUUCUGCAGAAUAAAAGCUUGUAGAGCUGUCUGUAUUGGAUUUGAUUGAUUUUGUGUACCUUGGAGUUGUGAUAACAGUUUAUAAGUCAUGGACAUGGAAAUCAAUCAUAUUUGGCGUCGUAAGGUUUUCCUGAAGUUGAUGUUACUCUUAUUAGAUUUCUAAUAAAAUAUCACUUCACGUUGUC